AGGGACCGAGCAAAGAGAAGACUGGCCGUCUGUCACGAGGAGUGGGCGGUGCUGAGUGCUGAGGUGCUUGUUAACUGGUGAUAGUGUGCCUGUCCCUGCCUGGCCCUUUGCUGACCUGGUGCCACCUCGAGACUGUCAGGAUGCAGCUGUAAGGAGGCGUGUCUGAGGAACGGGAGGGAGUGGUAACGCCGCCGCAGACACCAUGAACAGACGGCCGAUUGUCACCUAUGCUGGGGACAACAGUCUCUUCAGUGGGCUGCAGACGGGUCUAGUGACAGGUCUUCCCCAAGAAAGUGUGGAAUGGCGUAGGUCAUAUGGUCGACCCUCCAGAUGUGUUCAUGUAGAGGUGGACUUUGUUCCUUUCUUUGAGGAAUGUCUAGUGAAAGAGACGCCCCGCACCAUCCUGGGUCAACCCAUCUUCCACACCUACUGGACAGACUGCUCUGAUGUAGAGGCAUACAAGAAUACAACACGUGACAGCCUUCAGUCGUGGGCACUGGCCCUCAAACAGCAUGGCAUCACUGACUGGAUGGUGGUGCUGCUGGAGACUCCUGACACACGAAAGGGCAAUAAACUCCUUCCUCGCACCACUGUCCUUGACAAGAUUAAGAAUGACUUUGGCAGCAAGCAGCCAGAAAGGUGUGUGUCACUUGUGGACCCCCUCAAGACUGACUCGCGUUCUCUGGAGUCCUGGCAGACGCUCCUCACUAAGAUGCGCCACCUGCUCAUGGUGGCUUACAACCGUGCCCUGAACAGGUUUGAGGAGAGCAUGAGGGCGGAGCGAGAGAGACGAACAGAGAAGUCAUGGUCUUUCUGCUGGUACUUUCUGCUUCAAGAGGAGCUGGCCCACGUCUUUCAGCUUCUGGCACUUUAUGACGAGGCAUUGGUCCAGUAUGAUGAGCUGGAUGCUCUCUUCACUCAGUUUGUGGUGAAUUCAGCUGCUGGAGAUUCCCCAAGAUGGCUGAGCACAUUCAGCCAGCCAUGUGAACGGUGGGAGGGACUGCAUCUCACCCCAGAACUGGACACCACAGUGCAGGCCAAGAUCCGCUCCAAGGAAGUCACCUUACUGGAGUUUCGCAAUUACUUGUUCCAGCGUCAGUGUGCCCUCCUCAUGCACCUCAAUAAGCCCUGGGAGGUGGCUUCACGUGCCCUCACCUUUCUUCAGAAUACAGUAGGGGAACUGAAUAUUCUGGAUGUGAAUGUAGCACCUGGAGGUGUGGCCUGUUGGGGUGUACUGUCUUGCCUUGAGGUGACAGAUGCCCUGCACCGCUAUCACACAACUGAUGCUCAUGCACUCCAUACCGCUCCACUUUGGGCAUAUGCGAGGGACAAGUUACAGGAAUUGGGAGUCUUGUGUGGACUGAUGCCAGGCAGUGCAACAAGCAGCACUCAGCUACACACUGUCAUCUCUCUGGUGUGUGGGAUGGGUAAUGAUCCACAUAGCCAUGAGGAGCCUCCCCGAGAGUCACCCAUGACCCGCCUCAAGGACUCCCUCUCCUCUCCUCAGGCCUUUAAGAAGCACUUUCUGGAUCUGUCUGAGGUUGCCAUCAGCACCUAUAAACACAUUGGAAGGAUUCGAUCUGCCAGGCUUAUAGGCCGAGACCUAGCCAGCUUUUACAUGGCACAAGGUGAACCUCAGAAGGCUGCAACAUUCCUCACUGACCAGCUGACAGUAUUCCUGGAGGAGGGAUGGCAACUGUUGGCUACUCAAACACAGUUACAGCUUGCUGAAUGUUACUUGGCCACCAGUGACUUAGAAAGGUAUGUGAGGACAUGUGCCCAGCUGGCAGGUAGCCGUGUGCUUGGGAAUGAGCUGAGGGACACGCACUUUAAUAAAAUGAUGGAGGCUGUAGAAGAAGUGAAAGAAGGGCUUCCAGUACUGAUACCUAGUGAACGAAUCCUGGAGGUGGGAAGCCUGAAUCUGGUAUCUGAGGGCCGCAUUAUCUUGGGGGCUGAGGUGGAGGUGGAGCUCUCAGUCCUAAGCAAAUUACCCCAGGACAUAUGCUGCACCUCAGUUCAUGUGUCACUGCACCAUUGGGGCGAUGAGAAUGAGUCUGUCUCUGGUCGCCGCAUUGCUGACUCUGAAGCAAAGAAUCAGCAAGGAGGUGGCAAGACACAGAGUGCAGCUACACCUCACAGCAGCAGUGGGAGCAGUACUGUUGACACAGAACACAGCACCAGCAGCACUAGCAGCAGCACUAGUAGUAGCACAACUAGUAGCAACAGCACAAGCACCAGCAGUAGCAGUAGUAGCAGCAGUAGUGGUCCUUCAGAGAACUCUGAAGCAGAGGGCAAUAGAAUGAAUCCCAUGAUCCAGUCUCUGCCCAUGACCCUUCACUUAGAGUACAAGCAAGACAAGUCCCUCUCUUCAGCCUCUGUCACCUGUCCUAACUCUCACAAGGUCUUAAGACGAAGAGACAGCCAGGGUGGACUGUACAAGGUUGACAGAAACAUUGUGAAGGAGGAACAGAAGGACAGUCUUUCUGCCAGGGAUGUGAUCAUUCGACCAGGGCCAAACACCAUAAUUCUUCAUACAAAGGUAGAAAAAAAAGGAAAAUACUCUGCCAGCCAAGUGGUGCUGGCCUUAGAGCAAGUAGAGUUUGUGUGUGGUCGAUGGAGUGUAGGAGGGCCACCCCUCACCCUGGAAGUAGUGAGUGAGAGUCCCAGGAUUAGUCUAGGCAAGGGAAGCAGGGACCUGCUAGCUGGGGUGACCCAAGAGAUGGUACUCACUGUACACAGUGGCAGCUGUAGCAUUAGUAAGGGGACUGUGGUGAAGCUGCGUAGUUCUCGAGGUCUUACAAUGAGAAGACAAGUGAAGGAGGAAGAUGAAGAGAAAGAAGGCUCACUAGAAAGGGAGGUAGAAAUACAGCUAUCAGAAGUAGCACCUUUCUCUUCAGUCAGCAGCCCACUCAUAGUUCUGGCUGAGCUGGGCCCUCAGCGGGAUGCAGCAACCAUUGAACACAUGGUCAGCAUCAGCAGCACAUUAGUGGAGCAACGACAAGAUGUGGAUGUGCACUUCAUCCCUCCCUUCAUGUCCUCCCACAAGUUACACACUGCUAAUACCUCCAAGUUUUUACAGAUGACUGUGACUGGCUUGGUGGGCCAUCCAAUGGAGCUAACUCAAGCAUCACUGAAGGUAUUAGAUCCACACCAGGAGCAGCAAGUCCAGCUCAAACCUUUACAUCACACCUCACAGACACUGGUGGUGUGCUCAGACCAGGCUGCCAGUUACAUGUGGGAAUUAGAGGUGGACCACCAGCAGGAGGGAACACCUGUGGUUAAACUGGAAUUUUCAGUUAUGUACCAACCUCAGGAGUCACCUGAUGGUUCUGGUCCUAACCAUCCUCGCAUCUAUACCUCAACCCUUGACUUGCAUGAUUACAAGACACUGUACACCAUCCGAGCUCGAGUGGAGCCCAGCAAGGGGUCUGAGCUGUGUCGAGCAGGGAAUAUGUGCCACUUGCACAUUGUCCUCCAACAAGUUGGGCCCACCAGCCCUCCUGGGAAUCGGGCUGAGCCUGGGACUACCACUCACCAACAUUCCAUCAUGUAUGAAGUCCUGGCAGAUCAGACCAUGUGGGCUGUGUGUGGACGCACGGCAGGAGUGCUGACACUGGAGGGAGCUGUGCGUCAAAGUGUGACCAUGGAUGUGAUGCCCUUGGCAGGUGGAUUCCUUCCUUUGCCCUCUGUAAGGCUGUCCAAAUACAUCCCUGCUGACUCAAAGCACAGUACAUCCAGAGAGGGUGGGAGGAAGAUGGAGCAUGUCGGGAGUGCUUCAUCAGUGCCUCGCCUGCAGCCCUUCAGCCCUGGUCAGGUGUACAACUUUAGCAAGGCCCAACAGGUGCAUGUUCUCCCAGCCUCCAAUACUCUCCAGGCAGAUUCCCUUACUUGAAUGAAUAGUUAUUUUGACAUGGACUGAGUAUAUCACAAGAGGUGGUGCUGAUGUGAUUUGAUGAUCUAGCAAUGUUGUACAAAUCAUGUAUUAUGGUAGUCCCUCUAAUUUUGAUACACAUUAGGAUCAUUUUAUCAUCUGGGUUCUCAGUCCCCAAACAAACCAUGACUGACUUAUCUAAAUCUGUGCUGAGAAUUAAUAUCUUGGCAGUUUUUGUCAGUUAUUAUAAACCUUGAUUGACCAUGAAAUGCAGCAGCAACAUUCACCCUACAGUUCAUCUGUAGGGUGAGUGGAAGGUCUGGGUUGGAGCCAAUGGGAAAAUACAAGAUAAGGAUCCACCAUCCAAAAUUUAUGAAAGGAGACAGGCCAUUCUCCUUCCAACCUACCCACAGGAUAGUCCAUGGGACGAGCCUGAAUGGAAGGAGAAACUGAUUAAUGUACACACAAACAUAUGCACUGCUCCCCCACACACACACACAAUAUCUCUCUUUCAUUUCACAUCUUGUUUUCUUCAUUCCCAUUUAUGUAUCAGAUUCCAUUAUUCCUUUUGACAUCCACAUACAUAUUCACCAACUUCUUUCACUCAUGAAUCUCUCUCUCCCAUUCCUUCCCUCUCAUUCCCCCCCCAUUUCUCCCACAUCUCUUCCCUCCCAUUCCCACCCACCCAUUUCUCCCCAUCUCUUCCCUCCCAUCCCCCCAUUUAUCCCCUCCCAUCCCCCAUCUCUUCCCUCUCAUUCCCCCAUUUCUCCCCAUCUCUUCCCUCCCAUUCCCACCCACCCAUUUCUCCCCAUCUCUUCCCCCCAUUUCUUCAUCUCUUCCCUCCCAUCCCCCAUCUCUUCCCUCCCAUUUCUCCCCAUCUCUUCCCUUCCCAUUCUACCCCAUCUCUUCCCCUCCCACAUCCCCCCAUCCCCUUGCAUUCCUCCCACAUCUCCCCCUCCCAUUCCUCCAUCUCUUCCCCUCCUAUUCCUCCCACAUCUCCUCUCCCCAUCUCUCUCCAUCGAUAAUAAACUAUUAAUGAAAUGAAAUUCUACACACACCUGUGUACAAAGAGGUGAGGUUUGCUGUGAUGUAUUGUUGUACCCAAGUUACAUACAAUAAAUUAAGUAUUAUUA